GCGGAUGAGCCCCUGCGGAGCCGCCACUGCGGUUUCACAGAGGAGGAGUGGCUGUCGCGAUGGCUGGACGAGUCGUCUGUCGUGUUGCACAUGGGGCGUGGUGUAUUUGAGCAUCAACUUGAGCUCCUGCUGCGCACGACAUCACGCACGCAGGGGACACAGUGCGAAGAGGAGAGCUGUGGAAAAUCGCCGGCCCUGCAAUGUUUUGUCUCCGUUGCCUGA